AUGGCCUCAAGGUUGCCUGGUGACAUUACCUACCUCAUCGUGGGGAUCUUGGGAGAAGACAGGGACUUCAACAGCCUGUUUCAGUAUCACACGAGCUCUCGCCUGUCAGAGGCGGCGGGACUGAACUUGCCAUCCUGGACUCGACACAUACUCGACGAAAAUGGGCCACUAUGUGGCGCUCUAUUGUGCUUUCUGCUCUUGAUCAAACCUAUCUUCCGUACUACAGUUACAUCCGGUAUUUGGAUCUCAACGAUUUAUCGAAUCUCCUCAGCCAUAGUUCGUUCACCGGGAAGAUCAAAGAGUAUGUCCUGGCGAGGCUUGCGGGAACUGUAUUUGACAAGAUGUAGCGAGUUCUUUACUCCCGAGCUUCGGGAUCUUGUGUCUCAAGAUUAUGAGCUCAAGGGGAGUAAGCGUCUUCGCUCACUGCGGACACUGCCUGACAGUGAUUGGAUAUUAUCCAAGAUCGGUGCCGAACUACCUCGAUACGCGGAAUGUCCUGCGACAAAUUUGACUAUCUGGUCUGGAGUUUCCCUAACUGACCAUGCCGGUGACAAAAUCCGAACCCACUGCCCCGAAUUCAGGCAAAUCACGAUAUAUCGAUGGAUCGACGAACAAGGCCGAAAUUCAGAGACUGAUGCUGAGGAGUUUCUCCACGGACUCCAGCCCCACAGUCUCGAGUAUUUCGAGAUUCUGAGCUCUUGUCAGUUAGGGCCACGCUCGAUAAGAGCUGUCGGCACACAGUUGAGAUCACUUAAAGAGCUGAAAUUGACAAGCCUUGGGAUCGAAGCAAUUGCAGAGUUGCCUUCAUUAACAGCACCGCCAGUGCUGGAGGUGCUUGUGCUGACCGAUUCAAUACCAGCACCGCGAAACGAAGAUUUCCAUUCCACAGUCAGUCGAGUUGCCGAUUGGAUUGGUACCUGCAAGGCACUGCAGCACCUGGAGCUUAGAAGGUUUGUGGAUGACACGUAUCUACUGGCACGUAUCCUGGUUGCCGAGGAUUUUAAGCUGCUGAGUUUGUCUCUGACUGGGUACACAAUGGUUGGCUCCCGUCACUUCCACAGAGCUUUAGGGUCUCAAGACUCUCUGCUACGUCUCAGUCUCCGAGGUGAAGGGUCUGAGAUCCCCGAAGAUAAUGAAUUGCUUGUCCAAGCCAUUUGUCAGCUACACAAUUUGCAUGAACUCGAGCUCAAGGAUAUUUCCGAUUAUUUCACACCUGAUCAUCUUAUGUCACUUACACCACAUCUUCCCCAUUUGGAGAAAUUGUGGAUCGGAGGUGAUCUCUUCAAUGAUGAUGUAUGGAAUGCAUUUUUAUGCCUUCCAAAGCUACGAAGUCUGGCUAUCCAUGCGCUUAGCGAGUUCACAGCUCAGGGUAUACUCGAUUUCAUCGCACAAUUAGGGCCCGGUAACACAGGAAUGAGUCUCAUGAUUUUGAACUCAAUAACAAGUCUCACAGAGGAAGCACAGAGCUUAAUUCGCGAUAUUUUGAAACACAAUCUUGAUGGGACCUUUGACUUCGGUCUUGCACAGGGUGAGCUCCGGAUCUCAGCCUGA